CUUAGUUUGGACAGUACUUUCCUAGGUCAGACAAGUACCUACAUACCUAACCUAGUAGGUAUUUUGAGUAUCGAGCAUCCCUCGGCUCUGGCCGACCUUACCCCUGUAAUGAGUCGCCAACUGGGCAUGCCGAGGGGAGCUCAACAGCUCAAACGUGACGAAAUAAGUCACGACCCCAGACCAGCUGGAACCUCGUCCCAUCCCCAACUCCAGCUCCAACUCCAACUUCAAGGAUCCCGCCCAAACUCUUUGAACUCAUAACCUUGAUAAAUUCCUCGCCGUAUCAUUACUCCGCCUGGCCCUGAUAUCGCAUUCAACCAAAGCAAUGCCACCAUCGUCAUCAAACUCAGUCGCUGCGUCGCGAAGCGCAAGUCGACGACUGAUAAAGGAGUUGGAUACAUGGAGCACAGAGCAAAAGGAAGAGAAGGGCAUCGAACGUCUUGGACCAGUCAAUGAGGGCGACUUGAUGGAGUGGGAAGCCGUCAUCAAUGGACGAGAUAUAGGCCACGGCUACGAUGAGGGACGCUGGCUUAUCAAUAUUUCCAUCCCAUCGACUUACCCCCUCGCACCACCAAAGAUGACGUUCGUCACGCCCGUUGUUCACCCGAAUAUUGCCCUUCAAACUGGCGAGAUCUGCCUCGACCUGCUCAAGGACGCAUGGACACCUGCGUAUAGUGUCUUGGAGUGUGUUCGAGCCGUGCGCAUGUUGCUGGGAUGCCCUGAGACCGAUAGCCCACUUAACGUGGACGUUGCGGCCUUGUUGCGCUCCGGCGAUGUGCUUGGUACCAGGAAGCUUGUCGAGUUUUGGUGUCGGGAUUCUGAUGGGCGGUAUGAGGGGCCUUGAAAUGCUAGCUAUGGAGUUUGCACCGGUUGAAGAUGAGGUAUAUGCUUGAAUUCGGG